AUGGACUUGGAGGAGCGGCGGGCCAAGUGCCCCUUAACACGGGAGCAAUUGGAAAGCGAUCAUGGAGAGAAGUGGGAAGACGUGCGCGACAUCUUGGUGGGACUCCGCGCGACCUCCCCGGAAGCGAUCAUGCGAGCUCGAUUUACAGCGUUGAGAUUUCAAGAUCCGCAGUUCUUGGCCUCCACAGAAAAGGAUGAGAGCCAGUCGAUCCGGGAGCGCUCCAAGCAGUGGUCCUACACAUUGGGUCUGGAAGAAAUGCCUGCGGUGGACAAGUUCCUGAACCUGAACAAUGAUGCCUUCAACUUGCAGAAGCCCAUCUCGUUUGACGUGCUCGCCGCCGAGGGCGAGUGGUUGGAAUUUCGAAUCACAUGUCCCUUGGGUCCGAAGAAGACAUCGGUGGAAGGUCCUUCCUGGAGCAUGUGUUAUCCAGUCUCCAGUCUCCUGAGUCUUCUGGUCCAGGAAUAG